UUGAGCCCCUAGUGACAAUUCGCAACCAAUACUUAAGCUAAUAACUCUGCUCUGGUAAUUAUUCUUUACGUUACUUUACGUAAUCCAGUCGUAGUAAGUCGCUGCUGCCACCUUAUGGAUUAGGGAGGCUGGAUUUGUACCUCAGGAAAAUGCUGCAAGUUCUUGCAGAAAUCUUACCCAACAUUAAGGUGUGUAAUAUUUAUAUUACAUCAUCCUAUGGUGAGAGAUGUGAAAAAGUUGACUUAUGUAAAGCUGAAUGCAUUUUAGAAUUUGAAGAUGGAACAACUAUGAUAAUAUCCCUUCCUAGGGGAACAUACCUUGUUCCUCAGGAGAUAACAGACAUCAAUCAAGAUGGAGAUACUCUGUUUGUUAGAGCAUCUUUAGACGAGACUUGUUCUUUAAUCAGUACUCUGAGUGCUGAACUUGGAGGUAAUAUUGGAAAUCUGUGUGCAGCUGCACCCCUCCAUGACAUUAUGGUUGGUAAGUGCGUAUCCUGUUAUUGCAAAAAGUGCCACUCUGCUUUUCAGAAGGACGUAACAUUUCGUCGAGUACUGCCCCUUCCCUCGGUUGACUGGGAUCAUUCAUCUGAGGGGUGGUUUUGCCAUGUACACGGUGAAGAAAGCAAAAACCUAAAACCAGCAUCUCUUGCUCCAAACCACGAUGAAUGUUUUUAUUCAGAAUUUUUUUUCCUUCUAAACUGCAGUGCUUUGAACUCCAUGAAUAUUUACUAUGAUGAUGACGACAAUGAUUUCAAAUGUUCGAAUUGUAGGGACUCUUUAGGAGAGAAAGGAAGCUCUACCAUGAAAUUAUGGACUCACAGUGUAAAGUGGAUCCACAGUGAUGAUGAAACGGUGCUCUUCAGCAAAAGUGUAGAAAGUAUAUUACAUUCCCUCUUUGAAAACAUUGACAAAGACAGUUUCGGCGUUAACUGUCGGUUAGUUCUGUCCACAGACAAUCCAAAACUGUACCUCUUUAUGGUUACAAUGAAUACAAAUCAAAAGUUACUUCUAUCAGAAUCACAUUCUGAUGAUGAAUUACUGGAAGAUGGAGAUGCUAGUCAAGGGAAGAAAGCGAGAACUGGAAAUGAUACAAAUGUAAAGCUGAGAAAACGUUAUGCCAUUAAAUUACUCUAUCAGAUCAAAGAAGGAGAUGAUGAUGAAAGUGGAUCUUGGCAGGAUGAUGUUAAUGUGCAUAUUUUACCUUGUAGUUCAUCAUUUUUCACUGAUGUGAGAUCUUUGCUUGAAAGUUCUUCAAUGUAUUUACCCCCUGCAAUGAGGACAUUUCAGAAUAUGAAAGUAGGGUAUGUAAUGAAAUCAUAAUAAAAUGGUUAGUUGAAUUAAAUAACAUGUUAGUUAUUACCACUGAAAAUGUGUAUGUACCUGUAUCUGAAAUACAGUUUAUUAUGUAUUAUGUUAUAAUUGUAUUUUUUCAAAUAUAAUGUAUCAGUAACUUUUCAA